AUGAUUUCUCUGGUGGAGGUGGUGUCGCCAGCGCACGCGGUGGUGGGCUCCUCAGACUCUAGCCUCGCUCUAGUUUCUCUUCCUCCUCACGGGACCAAUGCCAGGGAUCUCUUUUCGCCUCGCGCCAGGUUCCCUCAGAAAUGCUCGGUGGCCCCGGUGCUGGCGCUCUCGUUCAACCCAACCGCACUGGCACUUUUUGCCUCUGCCCAAACAACAGUGCUGGUGUGGGACGUCGUGAAGCAGGCGAAGUUGGCCUCGUGUCGCCUUAGUUCGCCCGAUUCGGCGCUUGCAGGCGCCUGGCUUCUGCCGACCCUCGCUGCUUCCGCUGGCAGUGGGUGCGGUGUGAGUUUUUGGGACACUCGCGCUGGCGCCAGAAAAGUGCACUGGGCCAAGGUGGCCCGAGACAAUUUGUACUUUGUCGCCCGGGGAGAGAAUGGUGUUUUCUGUGGUGGGGGCGAUGGAAUAGUUCACCAUGUUGAUGUACGGAAUAACCUACAUGAAGAGCUACGAUUCGGCGAUUUUAGUGCAAUUGUCGGCAUGAACACCUCGGCGGGCGGUGACCAGGUGGUGGUUGUUUUUGAGACCGGCGAUGUGAGAGUGGCUGCGAAGAACGCCCUGGUGGUAGAAUUCAGUGGUGUAGGAAUGGCUGCGAAAUCAAGAAUUGGGUGCGCAGUGGACAAGGAGAUGGUGGCCGUGGGCACUGAAGAUGGGAAGGUGAUGGUAUGGAAGAACGGCGACAGGAUGGAGAGUUUGGAGUUUGGGCUGCUGGCGGUGCUGGGAUUGGAGUUUUGCGGUGACGAUAUUGUUGCCGUGGACGAACACGCCCUAGGGAGGUGGGCAACACGCAGUUGA